AUGGGGUCGAAAGAACAAGAAAAAGAGUCACAAACGGCAAAGAAUGCAAGCAAGUUGCAAGUAUCCAACUGCGUUUCAGAUUUAUCGGAGAAAUCUCAGCAUUUGUUUGGUUCUUUGCUGAAACCUCAAGUCCCAGUCAUUCAGUACAAUUUGAAUCAAUUAGAGGAGAGAGCAAAAAACUUAGAGUUAAAGGUCGUAUCUACACGUGAUGGCGACACAAAAGCACAUUAUUUGCUCGCUGAGAGUGGUAUGAAUGUAGAGCAGACACGACAAAAGAUUUAUUCUGUUCACAUCCAUUCCCAAUGGGAUUCCCUUGAGAUGGAAAAGCGUACAUUGUACGAACGCCCUCACGCUAAAAUCUAUAAAGAGCAAAACGUGAUUGCUAGUAUCGAAGCUGGCUUACAAUCCAGUGCAAAUGAUUUUCAGAUAAAAUUAAUGAAAGAUAGUGGUAUUUCCUGGGAAAAUCGGAAAAUGGUGUUUCUGCAAGACACAGGGAGGAUGCUACGCUCCAAGGAUAAUACUGUUUUGGGCGCUUCCGUAACCAUGUCUCUGCAAUCGAGUUUUGCCAAACCUGCUUUGAAGGCAUCGUUACUUGCUCAAUCGCAGCCAGCCUAUUCUUUGAGGACACCAGCUUCGAGCGUACUGCAUGUCGCUGACCAAGCUUCUUCUACCAUAGGGAAUGAAGCAACCCGUAAUCAAUUUUCAGGCCAGUCUGGAAUUUCUGAGAAAUUUGGGGUUUUUGCUGCCGCUAUUCACAAAUUGAACGAUGCUCGCAUACAUGGCCGCAUAGUUCGAGUUUGGUCGCUAUUCGCUUCCGCUAGCAGAAAAAUUGAUCGAGAACAUCCUCAGCUUCUAGAUGCAUGGUCUUUAUUAGCUUAUAUGGUAGAUGAGAAGUCAAACAAUGUGCAUGCCUUUGAAGCUAUGAAAACAAGUAACGCCGACAAGACUGAUAUUAGUCCUUCAUUUCAAAACAACAUUAUUCAUGGGUCUUUGCGCUUCUUGGAAGUUCAAUUUUUAGCAUUCGUUGACGCACAAUUAUCCGAUAACGGCCAUGUUUCUUCAACUAAGUCAUUGGAUAAAAUGAUUGCAUACAGUCGCUUAAGGUUUUUUAAGAAUAAUUCUUGGGUUAAGCCAACUAUCUCGAUCGCUGAUGACAUUCCUGUGUGGGCAGUCUUGUUUUAUCUUAUGCGUGCUGGCCUACUGGAUCUCGCAUUAGAAUUUGUGACUACGAAUGCACAUGUAUUUGAAAAUUUUGGUCGCUCUUUCCCUUCUUAUUUCAAUGCCUACGUAAAAAAUCCCCAUCAACCUCUUCCCAAGCAGCUUCGUGAUCGUUUGCAAGCCGAGUAUGCUCAACUCAUGAAAUAUGCUCCCGAAGAUCCAUUCAAGCACGCUAUUUAUAAACUCCUUGGUCAGUGCGAGCCUCAUCGUAUUUCACUUCCUGAAGUAUGCAUUACUUCUGAAGACUAUAUGUGGAUGCAAUUGAUGUUUUGCCGAGCCAAUGCUAAUAAUUCUGUCACCUUUAACUUAAAUCAGCGCUCGAUAAACAAUUUUGAUCUGCAACAACUUCAGAAAAAGAUUGUCGCUUUUGGACCAAGGUAUUUUAAUCCAAAGAAUAGCACACCUGUUAAUUAUUUCCUUGCUCUUUUAAUCUGCGGUGAGUUUGAGCGAGCUGUUAAUUAUCUGUAUACCUUUUAUCCCAUCGAAGCUACCCAUUAUGCUAUCGCCAUGUCAUAUUAUGGUCUUCUUCAUACCUGUAAUUAUGAGAAAAACGAAAAUAUUCUUAUUCACGAAGCGGAAUCCGUACGCAUUAAUUACCCUCAACUUAUCGUGGCCUACAUUGGCUACCUUGACUCCGUGGAUACGUUGGUUUAUCUUGACUAUAUUGCUUGUAUAUCUUUGGUAUCCUCAUAUAAAACGUGCUGCAUGAACCUGGUUAAAAUCAUGUUGCUUCAAUCACAUGACUUUUCAAAAUUUUUGGGUGAUAUCCGGCAGGAUACUGAACGCACAACAGGUUUAUUAGACCUCUAUCUGCCUUUGGUGCCGUUUGAUCAAGCUUCAUUACAGGCCUUGUACGCGGAAGGCGCUAGAAACGCAGAUGAUGAUGGACGUUACGGAGAUUCUAUUCUCUUGUAUCAUCUCCUUGGGGAUUACGAUACCGUGAUUGGAGUUGCUGUGAAAAACCUCAGCCAAAGUAUAAUUUCACGUGGUCUGUGGAUGGCAGAUUCUCAAGAGCAGAGUCAACGGAAGUCCUCGCCUAAUGUUGUAGCUAAUGGUGCACCUGAUGCUUUAGCAAGAAGUCUUUUAGAAAUAUAUGAGAGCAAUCCCGAAAAGUCAGUGAAAGUAAGCAAGACGAAUAAAGACAUGUGCAAAUUACUGCUUCUGGUUAUGGAUGCAAGAACUCUGUAUGAUAAGGGAGAAUGGCAGGGUGUAUUGAGUGAAAUUGCAAAAAUGAAUAUCUUGCCUCUCGAUGGAGAUUUGGAGCAUGCGCAUGAAUCUUUGAAUUCGUUAUUUUUGCGUCAAAAAGCAUAUGACCUUUCAACACUAUCACCCGAAAUUAUGAACAUCGUUCCUUUCUUAUUGUUUAUGGCUAUGUCUAGUAUCAAAAUACUGUUUAGUACACUGCAUAAUAACCCUACAGAAGCUGAUGAAGGUCUGUUGUCAAGCAUAAAAUUCAUAGCUUCAAACUUGGUUAUGUACAGUACUAUGAUUGAGCAUCGCUUGCCUCCGCAAGUCCUUGAGUACUUACAGUCGAUGCAAAUUAAUUAG